AUGGCUUCAUUUCCAGAUUACGAUACGCCCUUCCGGAUGCGGACCCAGCUUUUUCGCCCUCCUCACACUCCAUCUUCUGUUUCCUCGAUUUAUUAUUCGCCCGACACCGAGUCGACCCGAAAACGCGUGCGGCGUGAUGCACCAGUCGUACGCAGUCCAGCUUGGGAUCCUAUGUCCUCUACCGAACUCGAAGGCCCAUCGUUGUUGAUUAAUACAGAUUAUAUUCUUGCGAAUGGUGGUGAAGACCAGCGACAACUCGACUUAAAAGAUAGGAGAGAAAAGCUAGCAGAGGAAGUAGACUAUCGACCAAACCGAUAUCGUUAUAAUUCACUUCUUGGGGACCAGCAACCAGCACUUACAGCUGGGAAUAAAGACGUUGGAAGUCGCAAGCGUAGUCACAGCGAGGCUACCGAGAUGACUACACAACAAAUACCGGCGCCGUCUUCAACGACACCAGGUUGGGGUCGAGCGGUAUUCACCGUCGUGGGGAAAGUGUGGGAUUUUUGCUGGACGAAUGCAUUCCGUGGAUUCUCAGCUGGCGGUGGUAAUAGCUAUCAGGUCUCAACGCCAACUCCUGCACCCAAAGAAGCGAGUACUUGGCAAGCAACGUCUCAACUCACUUCAGACACGGCACACGAAUCGACAUCAAUUCCUGGACAAUAUCCCGACGAGGAUGCGGAACAACUGCGAGACAAAGAGACCUGGGUCUUUGUCCCAGAGUCAUCGUCGUUGAACCUCUUUGCGCAAAGUCCAAGUUCUACGCAAUUUUCGCGCAAAAUUCCGCGACGAAUCACAGCUCAUCGUCCCCAGUCACGACGGUCACCCGUAAACCCUCAGCGACCAAUCACUAAACGGCCUACUCUACAUGGUUCCCGACCUAUAUCCAACAGUCCUUUAUCGCCAACCGGCUGUCCAUCUACUCCCCAAAAGCAACCCACUAGCCCCACGCGAUUAUCUGGCCCACGUUUCGCAGCUCAAGUUCGUCGGCGUGAGCGUGAGGAGGACGCCAGCUUCCAAAAGAUGAACGACCAACUCAAAGCACUUAUUCGCGAAGGUCGAGAAGCACUUGGUUCUCGUGUGGAGGUUGACGAUAUGGAUUUUGAUGACUAA